CAUAUCAAUCAGGUAUGUUUUAUUUUAAAUUAUACAUUGUUUUUAUAAAACCAGAAGUUUAUCAACUUCCAUUUUUAUCACAUUAAAACAUUUUUUCUAGAGAAAGGAUUAGAAGAUGAGGUUGACAUUGUACAGAUACCGGAUCCUGUUCCUCGUGGUGUCUUUAAACCUAUCACAUUAUCGAGUGGAUCUCCCUCCCUUGUGGUAUUUGAUUUAGAGACCACUGAUCUGAUUCGAGGAAGACAGAUGCCACAUAUCACUCAACUUGCUGCAGUUGAAUUGGAUACGGGAUCUCUGUACAACACAUAUAUUCUUCCAAAGGUGCCCAUUUCAGAGGAAGCAAUGUACACGACUGGCAUUGUAGUGAAUUCCGACUUAGAAAAAAUGACUGUCCACGGUAGGGAGGUUGAUGCAGUUAACAUUAUAUCUGGACUAACAGAGUUUGUGGAAUGGAUAAAGAAUUUUUCAAAUGUUAUAUUGGUAGCACAUAAUGGAAGAAAAUUCGACUUCCAUGUACUUAUGAGUACCUUACGCUGUUUAAACAUGACAGACACACUGCUUCCUGUUGUUUCUGGGUUUAUUGACUCCCUGAGUGUGUUCAAGAAAGCCUUUCCUGGACAGCAGAAUUACAAGCAAGAGACACUAGUGAAAGCGGUACUCAACACUAGCUACGCUGCCCAUGAUGCUACGGAAGAUGUUAAAACCUUCAGGCCAGGCCCGGGUUUCCUCUACAAAGCGUGUUCUUGA